GAUAUAUCGAAAACGAUGAUGUACGAUUAUCACUACAAUGUGAUGCAGAAGCACUAUGGUGAUAAUAUCAAACUUAUGUAUACUGAUACUGAUUCAUUGGUAUACCUUAUUAAAACUGAAGAUUUUUACAAAGACUUGAUUGGGAAUCCCAACUUGAUGGAUAGAUUAGACACGGCGGACUUGCCUCCUAUCCAUCCGUGCUACACUACAGUUAGGAAGAAGGUGCCUGGGUUUUUCUCGGAUGAAUUAAAAGGACAUACGAUGACGGAGUUUUGUGCACUACGUGCAAAAUCAUACGCGUAUAACAUAUAUGCAGGAGAAGAUGAUGCGGUGAGAGAUAAAGACGGUAAGUUCAAAGUUGCCGGUGAAAAGAUCAAUGCUAAGGGGGUAAGGCAGCAUGUGGUUAAAAACCACAUAACGUUGAAGGACCAUAGGAGGUGUUUGUUUGGCCAAGCUGGAGUGGAGGUGUACCGAGAUAAUGUAUCGAUUAGAUCAUUCAAACACCAGUUGAUGACCAUACGAACAAAUAAAUUGGCAUACAACAACUACGAUGACAAAAGAGUGGUGCUAGACGAUAAAAUACAUACACUGGCUUACAGUCAUUAUAGUUUAGAAGAUGAUAACGAGCAGAUUGUUGAUUGGCCAGAUCAUGAGAUAGAUGCUGAUGGUCGUGAGUGGGAUGACUUUGAGAAAGAUUUAAUGAUAUUACUUCUACGGGAAUACAUGACUAAAUAAUUAAAACUAUAUAUAUAUUUCUAAUUUGUAAAUACCGUGUAU